UUCUUGCUUGCUUGUUUGUAUAAAAUCAAAAGCAUCAAAUUAAACUCCUAGCAAUCUGAUCCAGGAAUUUACCCAUGGAGAUUGUCUUGAUUAGAUAUUUAUCUUUUACAAACCUAUCUGUUGUUACAGAAUUCCCAAUAUCCCUCACCCAUCUCUUAGCUAUAACUGCAUUAAUCAUUGCAGUUAUCUGUUUUACUUUCAGAUCCAAUCCUGUUUACCUUGUUGAUUUUUCCUGUUAUCUACCUCCCGAUAGCUUGCGAGUUCCAACUGCUAAUUUUAUUGAACAUUGUGAAGCAUCUAAUAUCUUUGACCAAGAAUGUAUCGAUUUCCAAGUGAAAAUAUUGGAAAGAUCAGGUAUUGGAUUUGAGAGUUGCAUGCCUAUUGCAGUGCAUGAAAUCCCACCAAAUAAUUCUUUUUACCAAGCUCAAGAGGAAACUGAAAUGGUUCUGUCCACAAUAGUCAAAGACCUUCUUUCCAAGCACAACAUAAAUCCUAAAAGCAUUGACAUUCUUGUAUCCAACUGUAGCCUCUUCUGCCCUACACCAUCCCUUACAUCUAUGAUCAUAAACAAGUUUGGAUUCAGAAGCAAUGUAAAGAGUUUCAGCCUCAGUGGAAUGGGUUGCAGUGCUGGAAUGUUAUCAAUUAGUCUGGUUAAAGAUCUUCUAAAAGUUCACAAAAAUUCAGUAGCUUUAGUUCUCAGCAUGGAAGCUAUAACUCCCAAUGGUUAUAAAGGUAAAGUUAAGUCCAUGCUUAUGGCCAACAUUUUGUUUCGAAUGGGAGGAGCAGCUAUUUUGCUUUCUAAUAGGAAGCAAGACAAGCACAAGGCCAAGUACAAACUUCAGAACCUUGUGAGAACACACCUGGGGUCUGAUGACCAAGCUUACCAGUCUGUUUUCCAACAACCUGACGAAUCUGGGAAAGUCGGAGUGUCUCUAUCACGAGAACUUCUACAUGUGGCAGCAAAAGCAUUAAGGACAAACAUAUCGGAAUUAGGCCCACUUGUCUUGCCAUACUCCGAGCAGCUCCGGUAUGGAUGGUCAGUGAUUAAGCAGAAAAUAUGGUUUUCAACAGGCCAGAAGGGAACUUAUGUGCCGAAUUUCAAAAAGGCUUUCGAGCAUUUCUGUAUACAUGCUGGUGGAAAGGCAGUAAUUGAUGCCAUAGAGGACAAUCUCAGCCUACACAAAGAAGAUGCAGAAGCAUCAAGAAUGACAUUAUAUAGGUUUGGCAACACUUCAUCUUCAUCACUUUGGUACGAGCUGAGCUAUCUGGAGGCAAAAGGAAGAGUGAAGAAGGGAGACCGGGUUUGGCAAAUUGCCUUUGGUAGUGGCUUCAAGUGUAAUAGUGCAGUUUGGAAAUGCAUAUCAGAUCUUGACCCAGAUUUAAGAAAUUCAUGGUCAGACAGAAUCCAUUUGUAUCCUGUUGAGAUCCCAAAGGUGUGUGAUCAUUGACUAUCACUGCAAAUGCUAUGAAGAUCUCUUUAUGGAUUUUGAUGAAUUAACAUUCAGACCAAAGUGAAAUUAGUAGUUAACAGGGAAUGGACUUAAUAUCAGAUCUUUUAUAGAGAGUCCAAACACUAAAA